AUGGCAAACACACCCCCACCCCGCCACCGAGGCGUGCUGCGUCCACCAACGCAAGCCGGACUAGUUCCCCCCCGGCCGCCGUCCGGGUUGGGGUGUGUUUGUUUGGGGUGGGGGGGGGGGGGGGGGGGGGGGGGGGGGGGGGGUGAGAGAGGGGGGGGGGGGGGGGGUGGGGGGGGGGUGAGGGGGGGGGGGGGGGGAGGGGGGGGAAGGGCCUCCGCUGGGGCGCGAAAGUCGAGGACAUGGGCGACCCCUGCCACAGCCCGUCGCCGUCCGCGCGGCACCCUCCCGAGGGCGCAGACCAACGCGCGCUACCCAGCCUCCCGGCCCCCCCAGACCGACGCCGAAUGCACGCGGCUUUCCCCUGGGCCCGGGCAUGGGCUGACCCCCGACGACCUGCCGCCCGCCCCCAGCGGCGCGGCUAGGCGCCGCUCCCUGAGGCGAGUCCCCCCCCCGGCGUCCCCUCGGCGAGGUCACGCCGCCACCGGACGACCAGCGCACGCCUCCCCCCCGAAAGUAGGAGCCAGGACCCGGGCGGCCGCCACGCAGAAACACGCACGCGAGGGCUCCGCCUCGAGCGGUGCCGCCAGACCCCAGAGCAAAGGAAGUGCACGGGGGGCCCUAAGGCCGCGCCCGGACGAGCAGCGGAGCGGCUGCAGCCCCGAGCUGCCACGAUCAGAUGGGCCGACCAGAGGCCGUGCAGUCCUCCCGCAAAGUGCCGAGCACGCCGCGACCCACCUGCUCAGGCGCACCGAUCCCCACUGGGCACCGAUGGCCGAGCUACCGGGGGCCGGGGGCGGGACGGCCCGAGGCGGCCCACUUCCCCCGCGGUAG